UUUAUAUUUUUUCGCUUCAUGUUAUAAUUGCUCAAAUAAAUUAUUUGAUGGACCAAAAAGAAAUCCUUGCAGUUUCCCCCACAAGCAUCCAAAGAUUCCAUUAAAUGCAUUUUCAUCGUCUUCUACAACCCUCAAUCUUCGAACUUGUUUAAAUAAACCCCCCCAUUAUCCUUCUCCAUUAUUCCUCUCUAUAAACUCAAAUUUCAUAUCAAUUCCUUCUUAAAAUGGCUUCCAAAUCUCUUUCUUUACCAACCAUUCUGUUGCUCUCUCUUCUCCUUUGCUCUGCUCUGGCCACCCCAUGCGACCAACCCAAAACCAAGCCAGCACCGUCCGUGCCGAAAAAGAAACCCGCCAUCCCCAAAAUAAUCCGGCCACCGGCGGCAUCUUCUCCGGCAGUACAAUCGAGUUACUGUCCAAAAGACACCUUGAAGUUGGGCGUUUGUGCCGACAUUCUUGGAAUUGGGAGUACCGUAAUUGGGAGCCCUGUUUCGAACAAUUGCUGUGCUCUGCUUAGUGGGCUGACAGAUGUUGAAGCUGCUGCUUGUCUUUGUACCGCCAUUAAAGCCAAUGUUCUUGGAAUUAACUUGAAUAUCCCUGUUUCAAUCAGUUUGCUCAUCAGCUCUUGCCAAAAAACUCUUCCCGAUGGCUACCAGUGUAAAUGAUCAAAGUUUGGUUUUUGUUUAAUGGGGUUUCUUGUUUUGGUUGUUAUUUAAGUUCUGUGUGGGUCAAUAAGUGGGCAAGAAAUUUUUUUGCCUUAAUUCAGGUCAGCCUUUGUUUAUCUGUCAUCAUUGCUAAAUUACUCGCUAGCAACUAGCAAGUGUUAUAUAUUAUUUGUAUGUGUGGUGAGGAGGAAUAAUAUUAUUAAUUUCAUCCUGUGAUUUGUGUUA